GUAGAAGAGCUGUAGAAGCAGCCAUGCAAGGCCACCGCACGAAGGAAGCUGCUGCUGAAGAUCGACUAUAGGAAAGAAAACAUGUUGUCGUCUCACAGUACUCUGUUGUCUCGUUUCACGCUUGCUUUGUUCUUUCGCGGCCUUCUCACAUUGUUUCUGUGCUUUGACCGCAGCUCAGGCCUAAAAGCGGGACAACCAUCGGAAGGCGGUGCGCCAGCAGAUGCGGCGAUCGACCAAUCGCAAGCGACACAACAACCAGAUGCCCGUCUCAUCCCCGCCGUGGUCGCAAGACGUUCUACCAGACAUCCAACGUCCGUCGACCGGGCGCCACUCGCACGGCACACACAGGCGAACAAUGCGGAAACGCCACGGUUUUUUCAGCAGCACAGCCGCACGAGCAUUGAAACGGACAAUAGUCUGCAUACGAUUGCAACUUCCGUGUACACCUCUGCCAGUUCGAGUUACAGCGGGGGUGGAACAAACCCACAAGCAGGGGGGCAGAGCGGUGCUGCAGGAGCAGGUGGACCUCCACCGAUGGUAAAUCAUGCCGGGUCGACGUCGCAACAAGUAGGGGGCCUCAAUCUUGGGUUGACCCGAAGCAGACAAGGACAACCGCAAUCGCAAAAUCCAAACCCCCUGACGCAGUCCAGCGGCUCCGCAUUCACCCUUUCUUCCAGCACAGCAUCAGUUGGUGGCGUCGUUCCGUGGCGGCUGUUGACACCAAGGCCAAGGAGUCAGCCACCCCAAAUCAUCGCCCAAAACAGCCAGCCAUCCGACACAGCGAGUGCUGGCGGGAACAGCGCUGCGCACAGAAGACAUCACACGGUCAGGUUUGAUUUGCCGGAUAGUGUUUUGAGGGGAGGGGAAUAUAACGAUGACGUGGAUGGGUCCUCCACCAUGAGGCAUGAUUUCGCGGAUAGACAAAACAUUUCCCCUGCGACCCUGGACGAGGAAAUCCCGAGCCCAACACCAUUGCACUCGCUGUUGCAACAGGGCGGGGGUGACAGAACGCCGCAUAGUCGGGCGGGGCAGGAGGACGAAGAUGGUGAGGAUGACCACAAUGAGCAGCUAGCUUCCUCGCAAGAUGGUCUUCUACCUGCUAAUCUUCGAAGUGAAGGCUCGGUGAGAACGAGUGCGUCUAGUAGUGCUGCUUUUUUGCCCGUCAGGUCUGUGAACACGGGUGCAACCUCCAGCUCCGCCGCAACAAGUAACUGCCCCCUUCCCGCAAGACGGAGCAGGAGAGCGGCGUUUCGGGACAGAUUAUUAUCGAUGGCGAGCACUGCGACAGGCGGGACGGUGGCCAGCAGUUCGUCCACUUCUGGUGCUAGACCGAGAAUCCAAAGUGCGAGCACGGUAAGCACAGGCACGAGUGCUGCCUUGCAUCACAUCAGCAACGUCGUGUCCUCAGAAGAUGAGGAAGAAUCGCAAACUUUAUCAGGGCAGUUAGAAGAGGAUAACGAGGGCUCUUCUAGUAGUGAUGAGCGCGAGGAAACCACGACCCGAGAGGAAACUGAAAGAACCAGAACAGGUACAGGGUCCUACAGCAUCCAGGAAGUCGAUGGAUUUUCCCCUUCCGCCCUCUCCUGUGACUCCACUGCUGCGAUGAUCUACGCGGCUAUUGAAGGCACUGCCAGAGGAGCUGGAGGCGCGGCAGCUUCCUCUCCAGCCUCCCGAGAAACCGCAGAGGCAGCAGAACUCCAGCAGUCCUCAAGUACGGUCAAAUCAGAGCCGACGCCCUGUGCAAUUUGCCUCUCCGCGGAGGAUGACGCAUCGAAGAUCGUAAUUCUCGGAUGCGGCCACGCGACGCUCCACUGGCAAUGCCUCCGCCGAUGGGUCCGCGUCGGCACAAAUGCAAACCGGUGCCCGGUGUGUCGUGCGACAUUAGCGCCGAGCUUCAUCAAUGAUUUACUCGCCAUGCGGGAUGAUCAGGUGGACGCCGAAGAUGCCGACGCAGCACAGAACACGAACGGGGUCAACUACGAAAACCCGCAACUCCCGACAUUAGCGCUGGGGAGAAGACCACUGCGGAGAGUGGAACCGGGGACCAGGGUUAGUAGAACUGGCGUCGGGGGUACCACGACUUCCGGUGAAGAUGGCAGCAGCAGAGACAAUCCAGAAACUACCGACACCCCAAGACCGCCGAACGCACCGCCUCUCCACCGCGAGUGGGGACGGCUGGAUGAUGCGGAAAAUCCCCCGUAUGGGGUUCUCAAACGUUACAUUCUCAACUGUUUUUACAUGACUUUGUCAUGCCAAAGCACCAUCAUCAUCCACACGAUGAAGCGACUUUGCAUCACAAAUUCCCGAAGGGCUAAACACCACCUAAAUCUGUUCGGAAUUUGUAAUGCUACGGGUGCAACUUCCCCCCUUUCACUUUUCCCAUUCUUGCAUCACGAAUCCAUGUUACAGCUCAGAAUGUAACAGUUGAGAACGCCAUACCCCGGGACAGCAGCGUAUGAACAACGCCUACGACCGGUUCCGGUAUUUAGAACCACGCCGGCAACAAACCUGGCGGGAGGCAAUGGAGUCCCGCGUGCAGGAGUGGCGGCGGGACAUACAGCAAAUUCGGGAGGAAGUGCCGCUAUCUAAUGCAAAAGUAUCGUACUACACUGAGUGGUUGCAACGGUGCAUGAAGACAAGUCUCAUCUUUAUACCUGAAUCAGCAUUACAAACUGAAGUUUUCCUUGUGGAAAAAUUUGUCAUGCGAUUUCUACGUAGUGCGAUACUUUUGCAAUGCAUAGCCGCAAAACAGUGAAGAGUGUUUCACCUGUUUGAGCAGUACGCCGCAGUUCUUGUUGGACAGGACGAUUGACUGUUGUCAAUACAUAUCAACUGCAAGAAAUAUGUCUGGGUCUGGAAACAGAAACUUGUAAUGCUGGGCUGCGAAUAGUGAAUGCUCUGUAAUGCACAGCCAAGUAUGAGAAAUACUUGCGCGGCUUAGUGUUGCGGUUUUCGCAUGACAAACUGCGUCUUUGCAUGACAAGCAACAGGGUCUCUUCUUGGACACGCAUAACAAACUCUUCCGUAAUGCACCACAAGCACGACAAAGCUCGCAUCCUUUCAGACCCAAACAUGUUUGCAGUUGAUAAUACAUCAUGUGCGUGGAGCCCCGGAUCUGCGUGAUAUGAAAUGUGCGCUUUUUAGCUGUGACGAUGGCAAAGGCAAUGCUGCUCGAGGCUGUGACAACAACUUACUUCAGACAGUGCAUGCGAGAUGGGAUGGCUCUGAACAUGUUCUUCCGCCUGGGCAGCAGAUCAGAUCAGUUGCUUUGAUGAUGAUGUUCCACCUGUACUUCUACGAGGCUGUAAGUACAUGAUAAUCAUGAUUCUAAUCCAGGCAUGAAAUUGUCACAGCCAAAAGAACCUCUUCCAUUGUCACACCUGAACAAGGAAUGCGCUAGUCUCUGCGUGCUGGGGUGCUGCAUGUGCUGCAACAUGGCGCAAAACGACGCGCAGAUGAACCGGGAACAGUGUGUCCAGCACUUUUUCGGGGACGAAUUUGAAGUGGGGUAUCCCAUGUAAAAACAUCCCCACCCCAUAAAGUUUCUCAUGCGAUUCUGCAUGCCAAGAAAGUUUCUCAUGUGGAGCUCUAUGAGAAGCAUUUUCUAUUCCUAUUCGUGUUUUGGAAUUUGUGAUGCUAGGAUCAGCAUGCUAUGCUAGAUCUGUGAUGCUUCUGAACUAGCCAAACAGGAUUACACUACGACGACAAACUUGUCAUGCCAAAUAACGCAAGCUAGUUGAUUUGUCUAGCAGAUUUCCUAUCUUGGCUCUGGUGUGAGGACGUUUUUCCUCAGGAUAUGGGGCACGACAUGCUCUACUCCCUUGCGAAAUGGAACCGGGGGAGCGAACAGUUUCUGUGGAAGGAGGUACAAGAACACGACAUUGAGAAAAACUCCUCCCAUCACUACAAUGGGAUAAAAUUCAUGCGCCCGGUGACGGUGGAAGAAGCGUAUAACACGCUGGAAGAGCAUGUGAAGAAUCACAGGUUAGACGACGAAAAAUUUUUCAAGGAGAUUUUCCACCAGGAGUUGAAUUCCGGGAUGUACCGGACCCGGAGGCAUUUCUUACCGCCAGAGAUGGUGAACACGUUGGAGAAGAAGUUUUUGGUCAGUAGAGAAGCAAAAACUGCAGCUGAACAAGGGAAAAUAGCGGGUAGAACUGGCACAUCCGCCGGCUCUGUGAAUUCUGAUACAGUUUUUGGAUUCGCGGAGUACGAACACCAGCAAGCGGAACAAGCUCAAGCGCCGGCACAGCAAAUGAUGCUGGGGGGAGGGAGCAGUGGAAGUAGUAGUAGCAGUAGCUCGUCCUCGUCAUCUGGCGUGUUACCACAGCAUCCGAAUUGUAGCAGCUUUUCAACAUCUUCUUCCUCUAGAAGUAGCUCCUCCUCAUCAGGCUAUCAAAAUCGCAGCGGAAUAGACUUUGCGACAGCACUCGGCGCCAUCCCGGAAUGCGAUGACACAUUUUCAUCUCAAGGUGCUGGUGGAUCGUCACGCGGGGCCCAACCAGGAGAAGUGGUGAGAAAUCGGCUGGUCGACGCUUUGAGUUUGUUUCCAGCAAGUGGCGAAGAGCUGCCUAAGACUGCUGGUAGGACAACAGAUGCUGCAGGAAAUGAACAUCAGUCUGCUUCUAGUUCCUCAUCUGGCUCUACCCAAGGUGGACAAACUCCCCCAACAUCUGCCGCAGCGUCGACGUCUAUUCUUCCAUCGAAGACCACAACUGCAAGCAGCUCGGGGUCUUCUACUUCCUCCUCGUCCUCUACCGCAGGAGCACCACCAGAAAAACACCUAACAAUCGCCCAAAAAGCCGCCCAAGUGCAGUCCAUCUACAUCGGCUGUAUGCGGGCGUUUGAGAGCCCCAUGGACGUGGGAUUACGGAGGUAUCCGGGGCAGAAACCGAGAAGGGAUGAUGACGAUGAAGAAGACUCGCAGCCGUACAGUAUGGGGCGUUCCUUACCCUCGGGGCCGACAACCACGCCACCGAUGUCGACGAUGCCGUUUAUGUCGUCAAGUAGUUCUUCUAGCAGCUCGACAAGCGCACCGUCCGGAGGAGGUGCAUCCACGUCAACCCUGCGUGGACGGAGAAAAAGCAGUUCUAGUACUGCGGCUGCUGCAGCUGCAUCUUCUUCCUCAGGAUCAAAAGGAGAAUCAACCACGAGAAAAAUAACCAGUGGCGCAGCAGCUGCUUCAACUGGUGGGGCAGGAGAGAUUCAGAACAGCCUUGCGACUGCGAAACUGGGCGGAUCGUCGAAGGAAAUUAAGGAGUAUGUUCUAGAAGAAUGAAUGAUCUAUCAAGGAGGAAUGAAGAACUCUGUGUGUUGUGUUUGCGAAAUGCCCACAGGAACAGGAUGGUCCUGAUUAGCCAUGUAACAAAAGAAUACAGUUCCUAGAUGUUAGCGUUUGACACUUCAAAAACACCCGUUGCAGCCUGACGAUCUCCGCAACAUAAGCGCUUAUACAAGGUAAGUUUCUCAUCAUCUCAAUCAUGAUCAGCCCAAAAUAGUUCUUUUGUCUGCUUUCACUGC